ACGACGUGACGUGAACCUUCAGGCCGUCCAUCCAGACAAUCAAACAGCCAUGCCCGACGCAGACGACCAGCCCUUCCCUUGGGCCCUCGGCGUCUUCGACGCCCACUGCCACCCCACAGACACCAUGGCCGCCGUCCCAGACAUCACCUCCAUGCGCGCGCGCGCCCUCACAAUCAUGGCCACCCGCGCCCAAGACCAGACCCUCGUGCGCCAAGUUGCCGACAGCCUCGGCGUGCAAUCGCGCGACAUCGACGCAUGGGGCGCCAACGAGCGCGUAGUCCCAUGCUUCGGGUGGCACCCAUGGUUCGCGCACCAGCUGUACGACGAGGCCCUGUACGGGGGGCAUGGGGAGCUGGCCGAGGAGCAGCGGGCACAACACUACGAGGGCGUGUUUGCGCCGGGCGUGAAGCGCGAGCAGGAAGCCGAGUUUCUGCGCAAGCUGCCUGCGCCGCGCCCGCUAGGCGCGUUUUUGGCCGAGCUGAGAGACGCGCUGCUGGCGUAUCCGCUGGCGCUGGUGGGCGAGGUCGGCCUCGACAAGAGCUUUCGAGUGCCUGUGGCGUGGGGCGCGGACGAGCACGCGGCGCGGGACGAGGGCCUGACGCCUGGUGGGCGCGAGGGCCGGCUCCUCUCGCCCCAUGGCGUCGCCAUGGCGCAUCAGCGCAAGGUGCUGACGGCGCAGUUGAACCUGGCCGGCGAGCUGGGCCGCGCCGUGUCUGUGCAUGGCGUCCAGGCGCAUGGGGUCCUGUUUGAGACGAUACGCGAGACGUGGCGGGGGUUUGAGCGGGUGAGGAUGAGUCGGCGCGAGAGGAAACGACGCGGCGUCACGGCCGAAGAGGAGGCGGAAGAAGAAGCCGAGGAAUAUGAGGAGGCGGACGGCAAGCCCAAGCCCUUUCCCCCGCGGCUAUGCCUGCAUUCCUACUCCGGGCACGCGAGCCAGCUGAAGCAGUAUUUCGAUCCCAGCGUGCCGGUCGACGUGUUUGUGUCGUUUUCCGCGGCCAUAAAUUUCUCGGAGAGGGGCGCCGCGGCGGCGAGGGAUGCCGUGGUGGCGGUGCCCGAGGAUAGGCUGUUGGUUGAGAGCGAUUUGCAUAGCGCGGGGAAGGACAUGGAUGAGGGGCUGGAGGAGGUGGUGCGGCUGGUUUGUGAGCUGAGGGGGUGGGGGCUUGAGGAGGGUGUGAAGCGGCUGAGGGCGAAUUGGGAGAGGUUUGUUUUUGGGAGGGGGAAGAGGAAGGAUUAGAGGAUUAGAUGCGGGAGAAAUACCGUAAAUUUAGUGGGUGUAUAGUGUACAUGUAAGAGGCUGUUCGUCAGUCUGUUGGGGUUACUGUCGGACAUGGGAAUACUUCAGAUCGACACUACAAUGGUGGAUGUUGUUUCUCAUAUCCUUACGACGAACUGGGUUUGACAAAAGCUAUUGUUGUAUCUAUUAUACCCC